GUACAUAAAUUUAUAUUUACACACCAAUCGACAUUUUUGUCGGAAGGUGGUGUAAUAUUUUAUUAAUAAUUAUUUGUGAGGUAACGCCCAUAUUUUAUUUACCGAUGCUUUAUAUACAUCCUGCUUCCGGUCGUGAUGUCUUCCGGUGGGCUUCGUAUAUCGCAGCAGAACUACUUCAGCACGCAUAACGCACUUCGCGAUGUAUCUCCAGGUGAUAAGGGUGUUCGUUAUGUGCUCCAUGAGCUUCAUGGCGAACGCCAUGGCGCUUUGCGCCUCUAUCCCUUUUACGAUGUCCAGAUGGUAAAACGCAUGCUAAUAAAGAAGCUUAACCUCUCUGGUGGCGUCAGUGUAGCUGACUUGCGCAUACUGUACAAGGGAGUGGAGUUGCCUAACUACCGCACUAUGGAGACUUAUAUGAGCAAGGGUAAAACUGACCACCGUUUAUUUUGGUCAUUGCGUGAAAAGAAUCCUAGUGCCGGUAUCCGUCGUACAGGUAUUAAGACCACUGCUCGUAUGGACGCUAUCAUUAACGAGAUUGCAUUAUCUCUGAAGAGUAACAUUAAGCCCAAGUUGACUAUGGACGGGACUGGUGGCACUUAUUUGAUGUACAACAAGCAUCGUAAGUGUUGUGCUGUUUUCAAGCCUAUUGAUGAGGAGGCGUUUGCUCCGUGUAAUCCUCGUGGUUACGAGGGUACCUUAAAUCACCAGGGGUUCCGUUCCGGGGUUUUAUCUGGUGAGGGUGCUAGUCGUGAGGUUGCUGCGUAUUUGCUUGAUUCUGCUUAUGGUGGCGUUUGCGGCGUUCCAGACACUACGAUGGUUGAGGCAAGUCAUCCGUGCUUCAAGAAUUCUUGUGACGAGCGAUUUGUCAAGGAUGUUGCAUCUGGUCCUAAGUGGAAGCCGGGCUCACUCCAGGAGUUCAUAGAUUGCAAGGAAUCCAGCGGUAACUACAAUCCGGCACUAUUUUCUGUUGGUGAUGUUCACCGUAUAGGUAUAUUUGACAUUCGUGUGGUUAACCUUGAUCGCAAUGAUGGCAACAUUUUAGUGAUGGACAUGCGCCAGUGCAAUCAUGAAUGCGUUCCUGGCGUUCCAUCAUCUGCACGUUACAAGUUGAUUCCCAUAGACCACGGUUUGAUUUUACCGGAUGUGAUUGACGUUGCGGAUAUGGACCUCGUAUGGUUUGAAUGGCCUCAAUCGGAGAUACCCUUUAGUAAGAACGAGUUGAGGUUGAUUUUUGCCUACAACCCUGAUAAGGAUGCCGAGCGCUUACGCAAGCGUUUGCUCAUUCGUCCUGAAUGUCUUCGUACUAUGCGUGUAUCAGUACGACUACUACAGAUUGGAGCUGCUAUGCAUUUAAAUUUAAAGCAGAUUGCGCGCAUCAUGUGUCGAAGUGAUAUGGAUGACCCAUCUGAUCUUGAGUGUAUGAUAAAGAGGGCUGUCGAGCAGGCGUACAAGGCCACUGAAGCGACGUCGGUGAUAAGCACUCGUCGACUCGGGCAUACCCUGGAUCUUAUAAGCCAUUCCGUAAAGUUCGCAUCGAUGGCCGAUGAUAUUGACCACGGUGAUUCUAUUUCUGGCGAUCGGCAUGCUGAUCACUCGAACCAUUAUGGAUAUGAAUCAUCUGAAACAUCUUCUGAUGAAUCCUUCACUGCUGAUCACGAUGAGGCGCAUCACGUAGUACCAGCGCACCACUCGACCACUCACGAGCUCAAGUACCGGGACAUUGUACGGACUACGUACCGUCGACGUCGUCCUAUGCAGGAGGAGCGUUCCAUUUGGGUGCUUGAGGACAGCAAGGGCCACCAAAUCCACUUUGAAUGGGACCAGCAGUUUGAGCACAUUUUCUAUGCUAUUGCCGAGCGCAUGUUUGCAAAGUUCAUCCAGAAGGAGCAUCCCGAAUGGUCCACUUACCCCUACAACGGCGAGGGUGAUGAGAACUUCCCAUGGUCUGCAGAAAGUGGUUUCUCUAUACCAAAUACCGACCAUUUGCUGCAUCUUAGUCGACCACUCCAUGGUGGAUAGUAUUUCUCAUCGUGCUGU